GGCGUGUAACGUCCCGCCCACCCGAAGUGCUUCCUCGCUGCGCGAUAGUCAUUUCAUUCGGGAACUACCCAUCAGCAGAGCGAGGUAAAGACAGAAAAGCAGGUGCAAGUAAACUAUCCAAAAUGUCGCUGUCAAAUAAACUCACCCUGGACAAGGUGGACGUGAAGGGGAAGCGCGUGAUCAUGAGGUGAGUUCCAUUUAUGAAGCUUCAAAUUGAGCCAUCGGAAAGGGUAUUAUUGGUGCCUUCAAGACAACUUGGAACUUGGAAAAAAACGAGGUCAAAUCAGUGAUCUUCAGAUCGGAAAGUCGGAGUUCUAGAAAGAUGCCCGAGGUUCCGACAUGGAAUUCCGAGUUGGAUGACCGUUCAAAACGAUUUCCCUAGUCGGAGGUCAUUUUUUUCCGAUGUUCUAGUAGGUUAACGCACUGAAGUCAGAGAUUUCCAAGUUCCCAGUUGUUUUGAACGCGGCAUUAGACAUCGCUAGCAACCAUCUUUGGCACUGUGAUUUGUAACAGAGAGACGCUUGAUACUUUGUAGCGUUGGAAACAUUCACGAUACGUUAUCGAAGAGCUACAUUGAACUUCAUUGCAGUUACAAAGUAUCAAUUUGGGUAGCUAUUAAAAAUAUCGCCUAGUCAGACCGUUAUUAGUGUUCUUUCGUGGUGAUACGGGUCCUCACUAGUUACCACAGCCACAAAGUCAGAAAUACCGCUUAUUUCUACAAUUUAUUUUCUGAAAAUAUGAUUUUAAACCUAACCUUAACCACACUUAACUUUCUGCCUAACCCUAACCUUUAAAUGAACAACAAAAAGCUAAUUUUUGUUUUCAUGAAUUCUUACGAUAUAGCCAAUUUUGACUUUGUGGCUGUGAAAACCGGUGAUACAUUUGCAGUCUGCAUGUAGGCUACAUGUGACAGAUCAGCUAGCUUGCCACUAGCUAGCUAUAAUGAACAAAAAUAUAAACGCAACAAUUUCAAAGAUUUUACUGAGUAAUCAGUCAAUUGAAAUAAAUUCAUUAGGCCCUAAUCUGUGGAUUUCACUAGACUGGGAAUACAGAUAUGCAUCUGUUGGUCACAGAUACCUUUUAAAAAAGGGUAGGCUGUUGAUUAUGGCCUGUGGAAGGUUGUCCCACUCCUCUUCAAUGGCUGUGCAAAGUUGCUGGAUAUUGGCGGGAACUGAAACACGCUGUCUUACACGUCGUUCCAGAGCAUCCCAAACAUGCCAUGGAAAAACUGGGACAUUUUCAGCUUCCAGGAAUUGUGUACAGAUCCUUUCAACAUGGGGCCGUGCAUUAUCAUGCCGAAACAUGAGGUGAUGGCGGCAGAUGAAUGGCACGACAAUGGACCUCAGGAUCUUGUCACGGUACCUCUAUGCAUUCAAAUUUCCAUCGAUAAAAUACAAUUGUGUUUGUUGUCCAUAGCUUAUGCCUGCCCAUACCAUAACCACACCGCCACCAUGGGGCAAUCUGUUCACAACAUUGACGUCAGCAAACCGCUCGCCCACACCACGCCAUACACGUGGUCCGCAGUUGUGAUGCUGGUUAGGCGUACUGCCAAAUUCUGUAAAAUGACAUUGGAGGUGGUUUAUGGUAGAGAAAUUAACAUUAAAUUAUCUGGUGGGGUGGACAUUCCUGCAGUCAGCACGGCAAUUGCACACUCCCUCAACUUGAGACAUCUGUGGCAUUGUGUUAUGACAACUGCACAUUUUAGUGGCCUUUUAUUGUCCCCAGCACAAAGUGCACCUGUGUAAUGAUCAUUCUGUUUAAUCAGCUUCUUGAUAUGCCACACCUGUCAGGUGGCUGGAUUAUCUGGGCAAAGGAGAAAUGCUCACUAACAGGGAUGUAAACAAAUUUGUGCACAAAAUUGGAGAGAAGCUUUUUGUGAGUAUGGAACAUGUCUGGGAUCUUUUAUUUUAGUUCAUGAAAGAUGGGACCAACACUUUACAUGUUGCGUUUUAUAUUUUUGUUCAGUGUAGUUAGCUGGCUAACAUUAUAGGUUUACAGAGUCACGUCUAACAAUACAAAUAAUUGUUUUCUAUUUCCGGGGUAAUAUUUGUGUAAACUCUGGAAAAUUGUGUUCUGUGGGUGUCACUGAGUAGGCUGUUACCCUAUUUCAUGGGGUGCACAGUCCAUAGUUAAGGCUGUACAGUGCAAUUCGAAUAUUCAAUACGCACAAUAGGCUGACCAGGAAGGUGAUUUCCCACAGUCAAAGUCCUUCAAUAAGAGCUAAGACAACAUUUGUGUGAACUCUUGAGGUUUGUUUUUCUGUGGGUGUCUCUGAAUAUGCUGAUACCUCAUUUCAUUUACAUUACAUUUACGUCAUUUAGCAGACGCUCUUAUCCAGAGUGACUUACAAAUUGGUGCAUUCACCCUAUAGGGAGGGGGGGGUAGAAGGAUUACUUUAUCCUAUCCCAGGUAUUCCUUAAAGAGGUGGGGUUUCAAAUGUCUCCGGAAGGUGGUGAGUGACUCCGCUGUCCUGGCGUCGUGAGGGAGCUUGUUCCACCAUUGGGGUGCCAGAGCAGCGAACAGUUUUGACUGGGCUGAGCGGGAACUAUGCUUCCGCAGAGGAAGGGGAGCCAGCAGGCCAGAGGUGGAUGAACGCAGUGCCCUCGUUUGGGUGUAGGGACUGAUCAGAGCCUGAAGGUACGGAGGUGCCGUUCCCCUCACGGCUCCAUAGGCAAGCACCAUGGUCUUGUAACAGAUGCGAGCUUCAACUGGAAGCCAGUGGAGUGUGCGGAGGAGGGGGGUGACGUGAGAGAACUUGGGAAGGUUGAACACCAGACGGGCUGCGGCAUUCUGGAUGAGUUGUAGGGGUUUAAUGGCACAGGCAGGGAGCCCAGCCAACAGCGAGUUGCAGUAAUCCAGACGGGAGAUGACAAGUGCCUGGAUUAGGACCUGUGCCGCUUCCUGUGUAAGGCAGGGUCGUACUCUCCGAAUGUUGUAGAGCAUGAACCUGCAGGAUCGGGUCACCGCCUUGAUGUUAGCGGAGAACGACAGGGUGUUGUCCAGGGUCACGCCAAGGCUCUUCGCACUCUGGGAGGAGGACACGACAGAGUUGUCAACCGUGAUGGCGAGAUCAUGGAACGGGCAGUCCUUCCCCGGGAGGAAGAGCAGCUCCGUCUUGCCAAGGUUCAGCUUGAGGUGGUGAUCCGUCAUCCAUACUGAUAUGUCUGCCAGACAUGCAGAGAUGCGAUUCGCCACCUGGUUAUUUCAUGGGUGCACAAUCCAUAUAAGGCUGUACAGUGCAUGUAAGUAUACCCCCAAUUCAAUUAUGCAGUCAAAUACAUCCACGGUGGGAUUUCAAGUUUUUUUUGUUUAUUUAUAAUUUAUAAACGAAUUACAUGUGACAGAUCAGAUGGCUUGCCACUCUAGCUAGUUAGUUAGCUGACUAACAUUAUAGAUUUACAGAGUCAUGUCUAACAAUGCAAAUUAUUGUUUUUAAUCUAUUUUUGGGUUAAUGAUUUCUAUUGACUGUAAAUACUUUUUAUGCAUGCUUAUGGUGUUAUCGCACAGUUUCUAAACCCAGAGGCGCAACAUUGCAAGACUUCCGGAAACACUUGCGAAACAGACCAGGCUGGGGUUUGAGAAGUCAAUGAGAGAAGUGAAAAAUUAUUCCUCGAAAUCUAAAGGCACAACCUAGAUUCGAGCCAAUGUCUUAAGUAGUUGGACAUGUUAUUACUCCAACCUUGUGAAAGUGACAAACUGGCACAUUUUCGUCCAAAACAACUUAAUAUCGAAGGAGUGCCUUUGAUUUGAUGGCCUGCACAUUCGCAGUUCGGCGCGAGACGACCGUUAGACCCGAUGACGUGUUUUUGCGCAUGCGCUUAGCUAGCCAACAACGCCAUGACAUCGCCUACAUGUGUGAUCUGAGAUUUCUAUUGGAGAAGCAGUUUUAGCCUCUCUUCCUAAUGUACUGUCUUUGGUUAUAGUUCAUUUUUCACAUGUUGAUUAUUAUUUUUUACUCUGUUGCUAUGGUCACUGGCGGCUGUAAUCCUCCAUGUGUGGAAUUCGUGGUUCGCCUUCAAAAUAAAAGUUAUUCAUUGAAAGUGAUGCAAACGGAUACAAAUAGUGAAAUCAUUACAUAUUUGGACUUGCUAAUGCUAAACAAUGUUGGAAUGUUACAUAAUUUUGUAAAAACCAAAAAAACUAUUAGUUUGACAAUAAACUGAAAUCCCACUGGAUGUAUUAGACUGCAUAAUUGAAUUGGGGGCAUACUUAUAUGCACUGUGCAGCCUUACCUAUGGAUUGUGCACCCAAGAAACGGGGUAUCAGCCUACUCGGUGACACCCACAGAACACAAUUCUCAAGAGUUUACACAAAUAUUAGCUUCUUAGCUCUUAUUGCAGGACUUUGACUGUGGAAAAUCAUAGGUAAGGCUAUAUAGUGCAUAGAAGUAUGCCCCAAUGCAAUUAUGCAGUCUAAUAAAUCCAGUGGAAUUUAGUUUUCUGUUUGUCAAACUAAUUAUUGUGUUUGACUUUAAAUUAUGUAACAACAUUCCAACCCUGUUUAGCGUUAUCUAGUCCAAAUAUGGCAUGAUUCCAUUAUUUGUAUCCGUUUCUAUCACUUUCAAUGAGGGACCUUUUAUUUUGAAGGUGAACCGCAAAUUUCACUAUUGUGGCUAAUUGUUAUUAUGGCUUGCUUCACAUCAAAUCACAUUUUAUUUGUCACAAGCGCCGAAUACAACUGGUGUAGACUUUACCCUGAAAUGCUUACUUAGGAGCCCUUUCCCAACAAUGCAGAGUGAAAAUUUGCACAAAAAAAGCAAAGGGUAACACAAUAAAAUAACAAUAACAAGGCUAUAAACAAGGACUAUCGGUACAGAGUCAAUCUGCUGGGGGUACGAGGUGAUUAAGGUAACAUGUACAUGUAGGCAGGGGUAAAAGUAACUAGGCAAUCAGAAUGGAUAAUAAACAGAGUAGCAGCAGUGUGUGAAAGUGUGUGGCGUCAAUAUGCGUGUGUGUGUGUGUGAGCAUAUGUAGUGUCUGUGUUGGAGUGUCAGUGUGGGUAGAGUCCAGUGAGUGUGCAUAGAGCCAGUGCAAGAGAGUCAGUACAAAAAGGAGAAGGAUAGGCUAAAACGACCAAGAGCCAACAGUUAGGCAGGCGGCUACUAAAUAUUCUUAAUUAAGUUGUUGUUAUUUGUAACUGUAGGAUGCACUGCAGCCUCAGUUAGCCUAGCUAGCUAACAUUAGCUAGCUUAACUAGUUUCUCCCGGUUGAAUGCAGUCCAAGACAGGUAUUACGUAAUCAUAUUUGAUGAUAAAUAAUCUAGCUAAGGCAGCUAUUAGUCUACUAUAGUGCGAGUCGGCUUGGUUGGUUGCUGUCUCCCCUCCCUGCUCCCAUGUCAUUCACUCACAGUACGGCCUCUCCCCCGCCUGCUAGAACGGCACCCCUCUCCCUCCUCUCGUGCUUUAUCAGCUCCGGUUAAUAAAGUAGCUUAAAUGACUUUUCUGCUGCUCCCCUCACUCUGAUCGGACCGGUUCUGGAUCUGACCAGGUCUAUACGGAAUGGGUCUAGUUGUCCUCGGGUCCGUUUGGAACGGGUCUCUAUAUUUAAAAAAAUAUAUUUAUGCAUAUCGGUUCCGGUUGGGAAAGCCCCAGGUCCGUUUCGUGUGGACCAUGAUAGGUAUUUAGUGAUGUGGACACUGAGGAACUUGAAGCUCUCGGCCCGGUCCACUAUAGCCCUGUCGACGUGAAUGGGGGUGUGCUCAGUCCUCCGUUUCCUGUGGUCCACGAUCAGCUCCUUCCUCUUGCUGACAUUGAAGGAGAGAUUGUUGUACUGGCACCAUACUGCUAGGUCUCUGACCUCCUUCCUGUAGGCUGUCUCAUCGUCGUCGGUGAUCAGGCCUACCACUGUUGUGUCGUUGGCAAACUUAAUGAUGGUGUUGGAGUCGUGCACGGCCACCCAGUUGUGGGUGAACAGGGAGUACAGGAGGGGACUAAGCAUGCGCCCCUGUGUUGAGGGUUAGCGUGGCGGAUGUGUUGUUGCCUACCCUCACCACCUGGUGGUGGCCCGUCAGGUGGCGUUAUAAGGUAGGUAAUGUUAAGCACAGCACAGAGAAUUUUCAACCAACCUUAGUCCUACGUUAGCUUUGGGAAACCCUGCACAAGAUGACUGAGAGGGCGCUAUGUUGAAGACACCGUACCUCCAUCUUGGCACUCCCCCACCAUUGAAAAAUAUAUUUAGGAAGCUAUAGAAAUGCAUUCAUGUCUACAUUUUUUGUUUGUUUUUUGCCAAGUUUGUUCUAUUAUAGACACCUUUAAUGCAUACUUUUAAAUUAUAUUAUGUGAACUUAAAAUAUAAAAUAAUAUAUAAAAACAUUUUCUUUAAAGUAUAAUUUCUGUUGAGAUUACUAAUGUUACUUUCCGCUCUACAACAGAAACACACUUAAAUACAAUUGUUUUUAUAUAUUGUUUUUAUAAUAAAAUGUUUAAUUUAAAUACUGUGGAAUUCCAUUCAUUCCUAUGGAGGACUGCUCCUACUGAGGAGUGCAAAUAUGGCCGACCGGUGUCGUCAAAGCCUCUCGAAGGCCAAUGCAUAGCAUCAUCAAUCCAGGGUUUAUAUACAUCAUUGGUGUCCACCCCAAAGUCGAAGGUGCGUACACAUUGUUGGAUUACUUCUUGGAGCAAAUGUAUUUAAUUUAACAAUUCAAACGAACCCCCUGCAACUAGACAUGGAAGUUUAGAAGACGUGUUGUCUUCCAAGUUGGGAAUUGAGGAAGUAUCGCCAAGUAAAGGUUGGUUGAAAAAUUCUGUGCUACACUUAACAUUACCUACCUAAUAACACGUAUCAGCUAGCUGGAACAGUAAUAAUGACUAGGUUACAUUUUUUAAUAGCUAUAUUUUGGGUACUUGAACAGGUGAUGCAUGCCACCACUCGUGACAGAACACAGGUAGUUGUCUAUCGAGUCUCACGUUUUCCCUAUUCAAACCAAUUUACAUGCCAUAGGAGUGAUGCAGAAUGUAUGCAAGAAUCCCUAAAAAUCCCAAAAAUGUUAAUUGCAAUAAUUUUAAAGUUUUAUUUUGCAUUAAGAUAUCAGAUUCAAAGUCAAGAAACUACAAAGCUCUAAGCUGAGGAUGCACUCUCUACUGUAUUCAUAUUCAAUUAACUAGUUGAAUAUCUUAACAUCAUCCUAUCCGUUUUCGCUGAUGACAUUUGCUCAGAUAUUGUUGUCAUGUGCGGCUCCCAAGGGUGCUUCAGUACACUGAAAAACGACACCCACUUUUAAAUGUCAUAGGGCCAUCCUGGAGUCCCCAGCUCCAUGUACCCAUGAUGACUGCAGGAGAUACAUUAGGCCUUUUCCUUACUAAAGGUCAAAUCCACACUCCUACUACACAGCUGAUUCAAAUAACCAACUCAUAAUCAAGCUGUGUAGUGCUAGGGCAAAAACCAAAACGUGGACCCAGGAGGGGCCCCAGGACCGAGUUUGGGAAACCCUGGAGUAGACAAACUAUACUAUAACAAUGAAAAUAUCUCAUCACAUUCCAUCCUGGGCUUGCCAUAACAUGCAUAUUUGUCUAUGAACAUCCUACUUCUAUGACGCGGCAUUGCAUACCCAUAUGGCAUUCUGUGACGAGGCAUUUAUCCCAUAUGUAACUCUGUUGUUUUUAUCGCACUGCUUUUCUUGGCCAGGUCGCAGUUGUAAAUGAGAACUUGUUCUCAACUGGCUUACCUGGUUAAAUAAAGGUGAAAUAAAACAAAAAUACUAGGCUUACUUGUGCAGAAUGGGACAAACUGUAACUGACUGUCAGGAUCUCAGGGGCUGCUAUGGAGACUUCGCUGUGGUAGAGAGAAUACUCUUAGUGCCAAGCCUGUCAAGCAGCCAGUGUGUUGGCCUUAUUCUGCGUAUAUGCAUCUCCUUGCUCCACCUCCAGUCUUUUAUCCCUCUUAUAAAACACCUGCCUUUAUCGGCCCUGUAGUGUAAGGUGCCUUGGGUUACACAAAUUGUAGCCUAUUACAAGGGCAUCACUAGUGCGGCUGUGAAUAAUUGUGUUCCCAUUUACCCAUUGAAGGGAGCAUUUCUGUGUAGUGGGCAUUGCUAACAAAGGCAUUCCAUAGCAGUAUCAUUCUUCCCCAAUGCUGACUGUAGGGUUCUAGUACAAUAGAGUACAGUUAUGGCACCACUGCCUGAUCCUGCAUGCGCCUCAGUGCAUCAAGUGGGCCUGAGGAGAAACUGAGAGGGGGGGGUGGAGUUACGUAAUCGGCCGGAGAAUGAGGGAUACAGCAUGUUCUCAUGUCAGUGCGUGUGUCAUACAGGAAAGUUUGUCACUGUUGCAUCAUUUCCUUUCUAUACUAACCCCAGUGUCAUGGACACAUUUUAUUAGGGUUGCAAGACACUGGUAAUUUACCAAAGUUACUGGAAUCUUCAGUAAUUCUGUUAAUUAACAGAAAAUAUAUGGCAAUCUAUCAUAACUUUGGUAAUUUAUACUUGAAUAGCUUUUAAAAAGUGUAUUAAUAUAUAGUAUUCCUUUAUUAUACAGUAUAUGUCUAUUUUCCAUGAGUUUCUAGUAGAUAGACCAUAUGGUUUGAGGGAAAAUUGCCUAAUUUAAUGAACAAUGGCAUUAUUUUCAAUUAACUCUGCAACUUCCAACUAUUGACUUUUUUUUUCACAACUGCCACCAGUUUGACAACAAAUACAUAUUGACAUAGUAAAAUAAAUGUUAGUAAAAUAAAUAAAGGAUAUUUCAUGCUGAAACCUUCAUAUUAAACACCAAUGGUAUUCACUAAGCUGAUUUAUAUUUAGGAUAACGUUUUACAGCUUUGUCAUUCAAUUUUUUCAUUUUAAUUAUUAUUUUAGUAUUUCAUAUUUUACAUGUGAUAAGGCCACACAGAGGGCCAGAGGUAAUUACAGACACCCAAAAGGGCCACUAGAUGUCUUGUGAUAGGUUACAUAAAAUCCUUGAAAGAUACCAAAAUUCUGGUAGUUUACUGGUAAACUUAAGUUUCCAAUAAUAUACCCUUCCUUUUCAACACUACAUUUUUAUAACGCUCAAAACACUAUUUAUUAUUACUGUGCCCAAAACGGAAUGUUUUCAAUGUCUUUUGCAGGGUUGAUUUCAAUGUGCCAAUGAAGGACCAUAACAUAACGAACAACCAGAGGUAAUAAUGAGCUUGUUUUCAUUUUAUCAUCUUCUAUUAGUAAUACACAUGAUUAGACCAAAUGCUGCUAAUUCAUUCUAUAGGAGCCCGAUUCCAGCCUUUGCUCAUACUGUGUACCUGUGUAUUCCAGGAUCAAGGCUGCUGUCCCCACCAUCAAGCACUGUCUUGACCAUGGGGCCAAGGCUGUGGUGCUGAUGAGCCACUUGGGUCGUCCUGAUGGGAACCCCAUGCCCGACAAAUUCUCCCUGAAGCCUGUGGCCGCUGAGCUCAAGAGCCUGCUGGGCAAGUGAGUGAGACCUCCUGGCAUAGCUGGUUAUUACCAUGAUGCGAGUGAAAUAUAACUAUUGUAUGUGUGUUACUGUGCCAUUGACUGAGUGAAGCAUUGGUAUGAUCUCUAUUGACACACUUGGGUUCUCUCAACUGACAAUGUUUCAGUGAGUAUCUGAAUAAAGUACUCAAUCGUGCACGUGUUUCCUUUGCACCCAUUCUCAGGGACGUGCACUUCCUGAAAGACUGCGUAGGUCCCGACGUAGAGAAGGCCUGUGCCAACCCCGCCAUCGGUUCAGUCAUCCUCCUGGAGAACCUGAGGUUCCACGUUGCAGAGGAGGGCAAGGGCAAGGACGCCUCUGGAAACAAGGUGGGUGCAUCGCCAUGUCAAUGACUGCAGUAGCCAUUCCCAGAGACCCUUCCUAUUUACAUAAAAUGAGGGCUCCUACCCUGCAUAGGCCCAAGCUGCAACUGUCACUGUCCUGUUGGCGUCAGCAGAGCUGCUAAGGGCAACGCAGAGAAGAAAAUAAAGCCAAGCUGCAAAAGAAUGAGGCACCAGUCAGACAUCUGACCUAAAAAGCAGGAAUUGUCAUUUGGAAACCAGGGUACAGAAAAUGGCAUCUCAUCUGUUUGAGGAGUACAGCCACAAAUUACUGAAUCACUGAGUACAUCCAUACUAAAACUGUUAGCAGCUCUUUAGAAUGUUGCACCCCUGAGAGUAUUAUGUAAAUUCUUAGGUUUAUAGGAUGAGUUUUCUGUAGUGUCUAUGCCUGUGCCUGCCUGUAUCAAUGGCCAGGAUGCUACUUCUACUUCUCCCCCUACUCCAUCUCCUCUCAUUCACCCGAGGUGACAUUUUCACCUGCUGACAUUUGAGUGAAGGGUAGUGGGUUGUCCCGGGUCUAGCGUGUUACUUUUCUUGUCUUGUAAGCCCUGGCUGGAAUGCAGCCCUUAGAGGGGGGAGGAGAUUGGGAAGGGGGGUAGCUGUCGACCUUUCACAAGAUCCCUCAAUGGCUGGGUGGUGGCAGGCGACAGAGUUGGUAAGUCUAGAUGUUAUCCCUAACCACUGAUUCGGGGUCAAAUAUUUUUCAUUCACCUAAUGGUUAAGGUUAGGAUUGGGGGAUAGUGUAAUCCGAUCCCAGGUCUGUGGUUAAGGGUAAGUUCUAUGAUGACCUGGUUGAAUUGUGCUAGUGCCAACGCCUGGCAUUUGGAUGGGACACCAUAGAUCAGCCAUGACCUUUCUGUGAAAGAGUCAAGAACUUUGCCUGUUAAAGUGCAGUAGGAACCUGAUAUAAAGUACUUAACUUAUAUUCACAUACAUUACCCUCAUCAUGCAGUCACCUCCCCUGGCAUCACUGCAGUAUAUUCACCAUGUGCUCUUGUAGAUACACUGUCUAGAAUUGGUUAUUCAAAGAAAACCGAACCAUGGUUUACAGUCUCUUCUGGCCCAUAGACUACUUUCAGGGUGAGGGAGCCUCUAACAUUCAUAUUAGGUUGUAAAAUACAGAACUUCCCUUUUGAGUUUAUGUUCAGUAGUCCUGAGCGAUUUAGUGCUUUUGAGGUCGGUGUCAGUUCGAUUAUUACAAAAUAAUAACGGUUUUUGGUUUCAAUUAUUAUUUUUGACAUUAAAUGCACUAUGCAUUGUGGAUUGAAUGCUGUCACACAGAAUAAAACAAUUAAUACAAGUUUUAAAAAAAAUUAUAAUAAUGGUAAUGACUUCCCAUUACUGCUUAUCACUUAUGAACCAUCAUUUAUUCACAUUACUUUACUUUUUAAUAAAAUAUUUGUUUUAUUUGAUGACAAGUCAUCUCAUAUCUAUAGAGCUGCUACCUAUGCUCGGACAAAAUCACUAUUUUAGUAGUUCUUCAAAGUACUGCUGAAUACCAACUAUCAUUCACUUAGAUAAUGUAUUUUCAGGUAGAGAUACCUCACAAAGCAACUGCUUUCUAUCCCUCCCGAUCGCGCAUUCUCUCUUUCAAUCGCUGUGCCUGCUCCACACCAUUUCUAUUAUAGCUCAAUGCUCCACACAGACCGGACAAGUAGGCAGUAGGAUUAUGGUAGUUGAUUACCUUUUUUUUUCCCUUUUCGCUACACUAUGUAGAAUAUUGGCCUGUUGGAAAUGACAACUCCCUACUACAUGCACAGUUCAGGCUGGAUCUGAUUUAUCUCUACAGAAACUGCUCAUUGAGCUCACAGAAGAAGGAAAAAAAACGAACAAAAUGGAAUUCAAGUAAUUGAACUGACAUUGGUCACUUAGUUGUUUAAAAAAUAUAUAUAUGGUUAAUCGCUCAGCGCUAAUGUUCAGUAAUGCUCAAAGUGGAGCCCAGCGUUUUCUACCAUUUGUGUAAACCACCUUUAUUUGGUACCUUUUAUUCCGUGGCGUGUGUGUUGAGCCUCUGAAUUGUCUUGCAUAACUACUUUUCUAUAUGUCACACUCAGUGUUCUGCCACACUGGUGGAGUUAAUGCAGGCACAGCUUUACCUGGUGGCCUAGAGGUGUAGUGCAUAGGAGAAUUCAGAGCGCUCACACAUUUGCACCAAAAUGACGUAGACAUUCAUGGAUGGAUGAUGGAUCCCCUCACUGUUCCAUGGCUGCAGGGGGAAGGCAAAGAAGUACUGCCAGAAGAUCAAAGGGAGCUCCUCCUAAACAUCCUGAAGAAACCACCAGGUGUCCAAAGAUGUGAGAUGAAUAAAGGGUCAAAGGAGCUAUGGAAAGCUCUAAAUAACAUGAUGGAUGUGGCACUAGAUGUGCACCACAAGGCCUGGCAAACAGAACCGGAUGCAUUGGCCAGGAGUGGUACUCUACAGUGUAUCGUCAGCAUGGAGAAUGGACACUUACUCAUCCAGUCCCCUGGGGAAGAAGGGGCUGGGUUUGGGCAAGAAGGCCAAGGUUCUGUCAGCAAGCCAGAUAAUGGGGAACAUGAGCUAAAGGCUCAGCUAACUGCCGAAGCUGAGAAAAGGAAGAAGGCUGAAGAAAGCCUGCUGAAACAAGAAGUCGCUCUCCAGAAAGAGCAACAGCGAGCCGCCAAGCUGGAGAAGUAUUGGAGCGGAACUUUGCAGGAGCUGCAAACUUUGAAAUGGGUAACUAGAAGAAAAUGUGCUCCACAUGAUGAAGCUGAAGAGUUGAAGAGGAGGCUAAAGAUUUUUCAAGAUCUCCUCAGCAAAACUGAAGAGGAGAAAAAGUGUAUUCGAGAAGAGAUUGAAGACCUCAAUGAAGAAUGCACAGUCCAGAGAGCGUGCAUUGAGAACCUGAAGUGGGAGAAUGGUGAGCUACAAGCCAAGGUGGGAGAACUGGUACAGGUACCCAAGAGUCAAGAUGAACAAACCCAGACUGGUGAGUCUUAUACUGUUCCUCAAGAUGUAAGCUGCCAAACCAGCACAUUAAUAGAUGGUCACAGCCAGACGGACACCCAAGCAUAUUUGAUCUCUGUGAUUAAUCAGACUGACGGUCUUGGUAAAUCUCACAAGAAUGAAGAAUCUCAGACCUGCCCAUCACAUGUUGAUGUUAACCAUGAUGCCUGUGAGUGUGACCCCAGUGCACUGCAGAAGGCCCAGUGCACUCAAGAAGAAGAGUGGUGGUGGGAUGCUGAGCGGGAGAUGGAUGAUGAGUGCUAUGCACUGAACUACCAGGAACCCACAAACUCGGUGAGUGAAUCCAUUUCAUAUGGGGACGAUUUAUGAGAAACAUUCAGAACCAGAGGAAGAAGGAUGUAUGACUAACAACCAUGGAAGCGAGUCUCACCUCCCAAACACUAAGGUUGCAGCUGCCAGCACCCAAUUCGCCACAACAAAGAUGGCCGCUCAAAUGAUUGGACCACGUUUGGACCAUUUCUGUAACUCACCUUUUUGAUUUAAGAAAUACACCAGCUUUUGCCUGGUUUUGAAUCGUGCCUUGUGUGUUGAGCCUCUGAAUUGUCUCAUCACUACCCUCCUUGGUGCCACACCAAGUGUUCUGACACAUGUAUAAUAAACCCUUAAUACAGUUGCUCAACAUAGAUAGAUGAUAUGGGCCAUAUUGUUGAAUGUGGAAAAUGGCUAAUAUCUUCCCAUGAAGGAUGACUAGUAUUCAUCGACGUCAUCAAUAUGAAUAAAUUAGGCCUCAGUUUGCUGCACAAUAGACCAUACAGCUCUGUGUGCUAGGUGUGUAAACAGUUCCUGCUAGUAGUAACCUGAUCCCUCUGCAGCAUGAACAAGAGUAUAUUCUUUCUCUUCUAGACUAAAGCCACCCAGGAGCAGAUUGAUUCCUUCAGAGCCUCUCUGUCCAAACUGGGAGACGUCUACGUGAACGAUGCUUUCGGCACAGCACACAGAGCCCACAGGUAGGGGUCACCACAUAUUUCUGUGAAGGAGUUAAGCAUAAACUCUGAUAUUUUGGUAUCAGUUAGCUGUUUUAAUGAGAAAUAGAAGCCAUCACUCAUUGCCACUCCCUUUCUCCUAUACUUUCAUUUAAAAAAUACUUUGUCCCUUCCUGUCAUCUCCCUGUCUCUUUCUCUUACUCUCCUUUUCAAAUCAAAUUGUAUUUGUCACAUGCUUCAUCAACCACAGGUGUAGACUAACAGUGAAAUACUUCCUUACGGGUCCUUUUCCAAAAAUGCAGAGAUAAAAAAAAAGAAAAAAAAAGAAAGUGAAAUAGUGACUUCCUUCCCUCCCCCAGCUCCAUGGUUGGAGUGAACCUGUCCCAGAAGGCCGCAGGCUUUCUGAUGAAGAAAGAGCUUGACUACUUUGCCAUGGCUCUGGAGAAACCAGCCAGGCCUUUCCUGGCCAUCCUCGGAGGGUAAGUAACUGGUCAAGUUUAACUGCUUUAGUUUAACAUGUCACUGAUUAUGGACGGGCAGGGAUAGCUGAUCUGUGAUGAGUUAAGAAUUAAGUACCCAGAGGACUGUAUCUGCUUCUAUGGUAUCACUCUACUGGGGACUGGCUCUUCAACUGGUUGACCCGGUUAAAAUAGACUUCAUCUGGUCUUAUUAUAGGCACAAUGAAAGCCAUGCAGCAUUACUUAAUAUUUAUCUCACUCUGUCGCUCUCUUUCAAUCUUUUUCUAUUCUCUCUGCCACUCAUUCACUCACUCAAUCUCUCGUUCUCUGUUGAUACAUCAGCCUUGGGCUGUUGUAGUAUCAUUCUCAAGUGCAGGUCUCUUUUAAAUACACAGAAGGCAGUCCAUGAAUAGAGACCUUAAGCGUGUUAUGUAAUACCUCAAUCUGUGUGACAGUGCGUUUUUUUUCCUACUACUGAGCACAGCGGAGGCUGCUGAGGGAGGACGGCUCAUAAUAAUGGCUGGAAUGGAGCGAAUGGAAUGACGUCAAACUGUGUGUUUGAUGUACUUGAUACUAUUCUACUCAUUCCGCUCCAGCCAUUACCAUGAGCCCGUCCUCCCCAAUUAAGGUGCCACCAACCUCCUGUGACUGAGCACUUUACAGCCUAGCACAGUGGGGAAAAAUAAAGAACAUGCAUGAACACACAGCUAACUACCGUUGCUCACAUAUCGAAAUUGGCCACAUGUCGGAGCCCAUUUCAGCUGGGCAUUGUGCAACCGCCAUAUCCAAUCAGUGUCUCUGAGUGCAGCCAAUCGGGUUCUGUCACUGCCACAGUUGUGUAUUUUCAAAAAAAAAUUACCCAGUUCAGCUUUUUGGACCCCUGCCAGUGACAAAGUACAUUGAUAUGAAUUGGCUAAUGAUACACCCCUCAACAAUGGAUGAAAGACAGUAGGAUUUAGCGCUAAAUUUGACAAAAGAAACAAAAGUGUCAACUAUAACAAACACUGUACAGCAAAAAAAUGGUCUGUCCCAAUAUGACCAUCUUCCUCAACUAGAAACCUUUCCAUAUGUUUUACCAUGUAUGUUUAUAACUACACGUACACUGAAUUAUGACUGCAUUAUAACUCAUCCUGAGUUUUAUAAUGGAUUAUAGAUAUGGGCUUCAUAUCAUUGGGCUAUCAAUGGGUUAUCAAUGUUUUACUAUGUUUAACAGUUUUCAUAUGUUUUCAUAGAGUUUUUCUCUGUCGGUUGUUGUGUGCAGAGCCAAGGUCAAAGACAAGAUUCAGCUGAUCAACAACAUGUUGGACCAGGUCAAUGAGAUGAUCAUUGGUGGUGGCAUGGCCUUCACCUUCCUCAAGGUCCUCAACAACAUGGAGGUGAGGACAGAGAGAGGGAGGAAGAUUAUACUUUCUGUUUGAGGGAGACGUUGGAGGGGAGAAGGCAGUAGGGAGGGUGGGAGAGAUGAUACCCCUUUUUUGGCAAAUUGUAUUUAAAUCAUAAUUUUAACCUCAAUAUUUGAUUGCAUAUAACUCAGAACUCACUUGUGCCUCUGCACAAUCUAGUUACAUUUGUUUAAUGUUAGACUAUGGUGUAUAUCGCGGUUAUAGUUGACAUCUUACAAUGAGUGAUCCUUUCCUCCCUGGCAGAUCGGCACCUCCCUGUACGAUGAUGAGGGUGCCAAGAUAGUCAAGGAGCUGAUGGCCAAGGCUGAGAAGAACAAGGUCAAGAUCAACCUCCCCAUCGACUUCAUCACUGCCGAGAAGUUUGACGAGCAUGCCCAGACUGGCACCGCAACUGUGGCUGCUGGCAUCCCCGCAGGCUGGAUGGUGAGGAGAGCAACCUGGGUCAUGUUCAUUAGGGCACGCAACAUAAAAUGUUUAAAAACAGUUGUAACAGAAAACAAAAAUAAGCGUUUCUUAUUGGACAAAUCCAGGGUAGUCCCUCCCUGAUUUGUUUUUUUCCCCUCCGUUUGAUGCCUAAUAAACAUAACGCUGAUUGGGUUUUUUAGUCUUCUUGAGGGGUUUUUAUGGGAAUCUUUCUGAUAGUUCUUGUGCUAGCUAGAAAUGUGAUAUACUGUAUCACUGAGAGUGAAAUAAAUAACAACACACAAAACUGUGGUUGAGCUCUGUGUCUCCCUCUGUUCUCCCCAGGGUCUGGACUGUGGACCAGAGAGCAACAAGUGCUUCGCUGAGGCUGUAGGCAGAGCCAAGCAGAUCGUGUGGAACGGCCCCGUGGGUGUGUUUGAGUUUGAGAACUUCGCCAAAGGAACCAAGAGCCUGAUGGACAAAGUGGUGGAGGUCACCAAGUCAGGCUGCGUCACAAUCAUCGGUAAAACCCUCGACCACUGUGUUUAUAUACAAUGACCAAAAAACAUGUCUUUCACCCUGCACCUAAGCCCAACCUUUUCAAAUAAAUACACAUAUGAUUGAGAUCAUUCAUUGAACAAAGCCUGCUGCUGCGUAUUAUGUUAAGGAAUUUAAUGAAGUUUAUACUUGCACUGCCAUUUUGAUUGGAAGCUUUGGUUCAUCCACUCUUGAUAUCAUUUUCACCACCAGAUGGCGCCAAACACCUUUUCUUCCUCACAUCUAUAGUAGUGAAUGAUCACAGUGAAGGAUCUCUAUGAUUCUAAUGUUACCCACCUGUUGUCUUGGUGAUGCCCAGGUGGAGGCGAUACCGCUACCUGCUGCGCCAAAUGGGGCACAGAAGACAAGGUCAGCCACGUCAGCACAGGAGGCGGAGCCAGCCUGGAGCUUCUGGAGGGUGAGGGAUCACAGUCUAAUCCUGACCGGUAUCAUCCUGACCUUUUGACCUAUGUCCAGUUCAAAAUCUGUUUCAGUUCUGCAAGGUGGCAUGAUGUAGUGUCUAAGGGGAUGCAGGCUAGAAAGAACAAUUACAUGUUGGUACUGCUACCAAUAGUUACAGCAUACAUGGAUAUGAUGACUUAAGAACUAAUGCUGAAUAGUUUUUUUCCAAAGCAGUGACCAUAUUGCAUGUCGUUCCUUUCUGCCCACAGGUAAAGUGUUGCCCGGUGUGGAUGCCCUCAGCAGCGCCUAAGCCCCAUCACCGAGGCGAGGGGGAAGUGAAGACAAACUCACCCGCCAGCGUUUGGACCCCCAGCCCCCAAGGGAAAGCUCUCCCUAAGUGUUCCACCCUGCAUUAGCGCCUCCUCUACCACCAUCCAGUGACCCAGACGUCAAAUCACCUGCUCUCUAGUUUACUACUGUACAGACGGCUGGCACAAACGGCAAUGAGCUCUCUCUCCCUCACUCCUGCCCCACAUCCACAUCACUAAGGAAUUGGAGGUGUUCGUAGCUGAAGCCAACCUCACUCCCUCAUAUGCACUUAUGUAUCACUGUUCCUUCCUGCUGUGUUUCUCUAAGAGACAAGGGCCAGAGACCAGUCAGCUGCAGCUACAGCCAUUUUCACCAUACAGGAAUUUGGGAAUGUGUAAUCUUGUGUUAAAGAGCGCCUGCGUGUGCGUACAUGUGUGUUUGCGUCACUCUUGUAUAGGCAGCCAGCCAGCCCUGGGAGUAUUACAACCCUUCUAGCGUAAAACGUGUGUUGUAACUAUCUAGACCUUUAUAUUUGUCCUCAGCCUCCACACAAAUGUUGGCUCUGUGUCACAGUUGCCCCCCUUGUCUCAACCAUGUUCUCUCCCCUGUUAUGUCAUCCAUCCUAUGACCCUGUGGCCUGUAAGAUAGUCGUUCCCCAGUGGGGGUUUCAGAGGGGUCGAGCUACUGUAAGUCAUGUGACCUGAGAAGAUGCUCACAGAAUAAAACACUUGGUGUAAAAUAUAUGUUUGAUAAUUUAUUUGUAUGUCAUUCUCAUUGCUAAUUAUAAGUGUGUAUGCUGAACACAAUGCUACAUGUACUAUGCUUAUGCUGAAUUGUGAAUACUAUGCUGAAUACCAUGGCACUACUACACAGGGUUGGGGAGUAACUGAUUUCAUGUAAUCAGUUACAUGUAAUCUGACUUACAAAAAAACUAACCAUAAUCAGUUACCAGCUAAAAUAUUGUAAUCCGAUUACAGAUACUUUUGAAAAACUAGACCAUUACUUCUUGGAUUUGUUUUAAAUUCAGAUGUAUUUUUAUUACACCUUUUCUGUUUUCU